AUGAGCUAUAAAGUUGUUCUUCUUGGAGAAGGCCGUGUUGGCAAAUCAUCAAUUGGUAAUAAGUGGCAAUCAAACACAUUCGAUCCCCAGAGACGCUCGACAAUUGCAGCCGCAUUCUUCCAAAAGACUGUAAUUUGCCAAGGAAAAAAUGUUGAUAUUCAGCUUUGGGAUACUGCUGGACAAGAGGAAUAUCACUCUCUUGCUCCUAUUUAUUACAAAGAUGCCCAAGCAGCUCUUCUUGUUUAUUCAGUAAUUGAUUCAACAAGCUUUGAAAGAAUGAUGCAAUGGAAGAAUGAACUCGUCAAUACACGCGGUGAGAAUAUCAAACUUAUCAUUGCAGCAAAUAAAAUAGAUAUGGUCUCACAAAGAGUUAUUACGCCACAGCAAGGCCUUGAUUUCGCUAACAAGGUCGGAUGCCAAAUCUUCGAAGUCUCCGCUAAGACAGGUGAAGGUAUUGAUAUGCUUUUCCAGGCAUUAGCCAAGACCUUAUUAGAAAUCCCACAAAAGAAGUCAGCCACCCAUAGAUCUGGCAAGGUUGGCCUCCAGGUUAUCAAUGGAAAUAACCAGGAAGCCGAAGAAAAUAACUCAACGGGCUGCGGAUGUUAA